CUCCAAGCCCUACUUGAAGUCCAAAUGGAGCGAGUCCGCUUCAUGCCGCGAAUCGCUCCGUCCCUUCCGGUAGACCCGGACUCCCCGGAUCCAGCAUACGCGAUGGAGCACGCCAGCGAGAACUUCAUAGUGUGCGAAGUGCUGUUGGGUACAACUACUACAGAAAGUUACAGUGACUUCAGCGCGAACGACAUCCAGUACGGCUUCGAGGAAGACCAGCGCAACAGAGUGCUGAGGACGUACAUCCGAAACGCGUAUGUGUACCACUUGAACGAGAUUUUUUCGGCGGUGCGGAACGAGUAUACUGACUGGGAUAAACCGAUCCAGCAUCCGAUUAAUAUAAGAGACUCCACCAUGGAGGCUUUGAGUGACGGGCAUACGGUGUCGCCGUUGGUGCGGGUGGCGUAUCUACACGCGAGGAGGGGGGCCAAGACGUACUUCUUCCACUUUGGGUACCAGACGAAGGACAGCGAUUAUCCGCAGCGACUGGGCAGCGUUCGCGGAGAAGACCUCACCUACAUCUUGGGCCUCCCCCUCGUCGGCGGUCUGCCAUUCUUCCCUCAGAACUUCACUCGUCAAGACGCUGGAGUGGCAGAAGCGAUGCUCAACUUCGUCAGCAACUUCGCCAAGAGCGGCGAUCCCAACGCACCUGGAGUCGUCCACAAAGACGCACCCGAUUACGGCACUCCCCGGGAGAAGACCCGAUACAGGGGGCUCACUUGGGAGCCGUAUGAGAUCGGAACGCAGUACUAUCUGAGCAUUACUUCAAAGCCUAAAAUGAAGAGUCAUUACCGUGGUCAUAAAAUGGCAGUUUGGCUCAACCUCAUACCACAGCUCCACCAACCAGGGGAUGAAGACGUCAAUAUGAGGCACCACCAUUUCCAUGAACGUGAACCGCAUUAUUAUGCAGGAGCGGUCAGAGCAGAAUCGUUCACCAGAUUGCCGCCUCCGCUCCACCCCGCGACGAUGACGGAUUCGAGAAUGGCAGCCGGAGAUGGGACGGAGUGCGUCCCGAAUACGACUGCUGACGAUGACCUUGACCUCGACUCGGAGAUGGAUGGCCUCGACGAAGAGAGCGAGGAGCUCCUCCAACGUCUAGCCACCCGCCAUUACUACAGCUACACUGCCGCCCUUGGAGUCACCGUAGGCGUAGGCUGCCUCCUUCUAGUCCUCAACAUGCUCAUCUUCGCCGGCAUCUACUACCAACGAGAGCGCGACAAGAGGCGACAAAACCCCACCAGGUCGCACCACGCCCGCAGCAACUCCACCCCCUCCACGGAGACGAUCCCCAUGUCCCAGCGACCUUCCACGCCGGGAAGCUCAGCAAGACAGUCUCCGGUAAUGACUAAGAAGGAGAAACACGAGCUGCCGCCGUCCUACACAAUCGUCCCCAGCAGUCCUUUCCAGGACUGCCCCACGUUGCAGAGGAAGGAAAAGCCUCCGCCCCCGAUGAGGACUUCUAGUAACCUCUCUUCUGGGGGUACGGUGAAGAAGAGGGUGCAGAUCCAGGAGAUAUCGGUAUAGCACUCGGAGAGGGGUGGUACUUGCUCCAAAAGGCCUGAUGUCACCCCUGAGCCAGAGUUUGACCAGUGCGAUUUGGUGUCUGUUCAAUUAUAACGGGACAAAGUGUGUGUGAUUGUUUAUAUCGAGUAGGUAGUUUUUGAAAUUUUCCAUCUUUGUACAUAGACAUUUCGUAUGAAGUUCGUUGGUAGGUGAGACUGGGAUAGGGUUGGGGUUUCCUCUCUCACGGUGUAUGUGGUUAUUGUUUUAUUCUUCCGUGGCUUGAUCCUCGAAUUUUUACAGUGUGUCGUUUGAAAGAAAUGCUCUUGGUAUCUCGAGGACUAUGAGGAAAAUCUGUACCACGUUCUAAAUUACAGUUUGGAACCAAUAAAAUAACAAAUAUCAAUUAUGAAUUAGUGAAGUAGCAAAAGUAUGUCGAAAUUCAAAUUUAUUAUUUAAAGCACCAGUCCUCGAACUCUAUAAGGAUUGUGUUGACCUUUUCGGAUAGUCUUUCAGAUGAAGUAUCUGACACAGUAAUGCAAGUAUCAUCUGCAUAAAUAAGCACCCUUCCUUGAGAUAUGUGAAUGGGAAAGUCGUUAAUGAAAAUGAGGAAAAUUAGAGGACCGAGUAUGCUUCCCUGGGGUGUACCAAUAUCUGUUUCAAAUUCCUCCGAGAUGACGUCAUCAAUCUUAACAAUGAACUUUCUUCGUUCGAAGAAGGACACGAUCCAAUCAUUGAUUGGGUCGCGGACACCAAGAUUAUUCAAUUUAUCAGAUAUGAAAUAAAUAUCGACCGAGUCGAAAGUUCUAGUACGAUCAAAGAAAAUUGAGAUCACAAAUCCAUUUUGUGUCCAAGUGAAACAUCACAGAUACCGAAGAAAUAACUAUAUAUGAAGCCAGAUGAUUUCUGGGAUUCACUAGAUUCUUCGAGACAUUCAUAUCAAACCGUGCAAUUAUCGCAAGCUCCUGAGUAAACUUACCAGAAACAAAUCAUUCUACUGCCAAAACUCUUUCCAACAACUGGAAUACUGUUCAUUAAAAUAUCCUGUUUCGAAUCUCUAUGACCGUUAUACUGAUAUAGAGUUGCCUUUGUGAUAAGAAUUGCUGGAAUGUUACUACAAACUGAUGAAGAAAGCAGAGAAAAGCAUGUUUGUCGAGUUUCUGAAGCAAACAACUGAGUGCAAAGGAGAUUCAUCAAAAGUGAAACUUUUGGUGAAAAUUUAGUGUUGAAAAGCUCCGCCAAUUAUUGACUGUUCCGAAUGGAUAACAAAGUCUCACUUUGGCUUUUGGAAUACUGAAAAAAGAAUUAGGCAGUACUGAUUAUUCACUGUAGUUUCUUCUUCAGCAGGUUUGUACUAUCAUCCCUGCUGAAUAUUUGCCAGUUAAAUACUUCUAUCGUGGGUUAACGUGUAACUUGGUUGGUUAACAAAAUUGACCAGCACUUUGCAAUCCCUCAGACCCAGUCUGAGGCUAUUACAAAUUAUGAACAUACAAAAAAACGGCAAGAAUAUUUGGAACGUACUUAUAGUGUCUCAUUUCAGUACCAAAUUUUAGCACAUAUUUAUCAAAUUCCAAUUUUGACGGUUUUUUCGUCAUAUCUUAGUCAGUUUCAGAGUUAUCCAGUUGUCAAGCUGGGGUCUGGAGUUCAAUAUACCACCAUAUUUUUUAUUGCAAAUGAAUUUCUGUAUGCGUGUAUAACUCGAGUGUGAGGAAAAAAACAAUCUUAGUGACUUAUAAGGUAGCCAGUGAUAACUGAUGGAAAAAUAUCUCGUGAUAUUGAAAUUGGAUGCACUACCAUCUGUAGUAUCCUCAAAGAGUUACAGACAGACAACGGUUUGAAAUGAAACAAAAACAAUCUGAAAAUUGGAGAAAUGAAAAUAAUUAUUAUGUAAUACCAAAAAACUUGAAGUUUAUCAAUACGGUUGGACGUAUAUUUGAAUUAUUUCAUUCAUCAACAGAUUUUUUCUUGAUUUGGUACAGAUUUUCCAACAGUUUUUAGGAUACAUGGGGUGAUUUAUGAUAUUCUUCAAAAUUUUGGUAUGCCAAGACUCAUGAAGACUCUCCUGUGAGUCUGUUUUUACUAGUGAAGUGAUCCAGAGCAAUAGACAGCUACAGGGCGGAAUAUUCCUCCAAAAUCUUCUUCAAUUUCAAAAUUCAGGAUAUUAAAUUUUGACACCCUAGAGAGAAACCAGCAUUUCUCAAUUUCGAAUCAGGGAUUUUAUAUUGUUAAUGCACAAGUUUGAAUAAUUUCAUUUCGUACAAUGCAACACGAACCAAAUUCUAUUAUCUGUUUGUUUUCAGAACAAAUGAAAAUUUUUUAAAAUAUUUUCUGUGAAUUUCCUCUGCAAUUUUUCCAAAAUAAUCCAAGGAGUUUCUAUUAUAGUUUCACUAUUUUGACACUUCUAAUUCCUCAUAAGUUUUUGUUUUCGGAAGUGAUUAAAAAUAUACUGGGGUGUCUAUUGAAUUUUCAAUAGUCACUUUUAGAGUAUUUGAAAAACGAAAAUACUCUUCGAGAAAAUUUUAACCUAAGAGGAGCACACUUCAAAAAGAGGCGUGUCUUUCCAAAGCUUUGGUUUGAAUACAAAUUUUAUCUUGAAAAAAAAUGUUUUGUAAUAUCCAAGGUGUUGGUUCUUUUUUGAAUAUUUUUGUGAAUCCGCAAUUAAAUAAGUUCACUGAUGUUAGAAAAUAAAUCAAUGAAGACCAUAUUUGUACCCGCAUUCGAAUGUAAUAUUUAGUACAUAUUUGCCAUAUCUAAAAACGUGCACAUCCAUUUCUAGAAAUCAUUUUGUUUUUGUGUAUUUUUAGUCUAGUGCACGUGACUUUUUAACAAGCGGAUUCCUGACGAUUUCAACCUGUAAAUAAUGAUUUUGUACAUAACAGAUUGAAUAAAAUGAAU